CGACUGCUGGUUGCCGGUUAAACGAGACAGGGCCGCGGGUUCGCAAAAGCUAGUCACGGUUCGACAGAAUGAACACUGGUUCUGUCUUAGAGAUAAUACCGCAAGUUAUUGCCGAAGCAUAUUAAGACUAUGUGUCUUACUAACGCGCCUUUAUUGUUAAACAAUUGAGAGACGAUUUUGUCUGUAAAACGAACAUUUGCUGCUGUGACAAAGGCCACAGUGCAGAAGAUCUAUUUAGCUUGGUUGGUUGUAGUCCUUUAGUGUUGGCUAACGCUUUAUAUAUAUCUUCGUAACAAAACAGAGGGAAGCAUAAAACUGCCCACACAUGGAUCCCAACCGUAUAAUCCAGGCUCUGAAGGGGACGAUCGACCCAAAUUUGAGGAUAGCAGCAGAGAAUGAACUCAAUCAGUCCUACAAGAUCAUCAACUUUGCUCCAACUCUGCUUCAGAUCAUAAUGUCAGAGCAGGUGGAGUUUCCUGUUCGCCAAGCAGCUGCCAUCUACCUGAAAAACAUGUUGGGUCAGUACUGGCAAGACCGGGAGCCAUCUGUGGGCGAGGUAGUCUUUCCCUUUAACAUCCAUGAGAACGACCGGCAGCAGAUCAGAGACAACAUUAUUGAGGGCAUCAUUCGCUGCCCAGAGUCCAUACGUGCCCAGCUGACCAUGUGUCUACGAACCAUCAUCAAACAUGACUUCCCCUCCCGCUGGACUGCCAUUGUGGAAAAAAUCAGUAUGUACCUGCAGUCUCAGAACAGUGGCAGCUGGUACGGCAGUCUGCUGGCCCUUUACCAGCUGGUUAAAACCUAUGAGUACAGAAAGGCAGAUGAAAGGGAGCCGCUGUUGGCAGCCAUGCAGAUCUUCUUGCUGAGGAUCCAGGAGCUCCUUGGUCAACUGCUGGCUGACUCCACCAUCUUCUCUGUUCUCAUACAGAAACAGAUCCUCAAGAUCUUCCAUGCUCUUGUACAGUACUCACUCCCUCUCCAACUGAUCAACAACACAGUUAUGACUCAGUGGAUGGAAAUCCUGCGAGCCAUUAUGGACAGAGAUGUUCCUGCUGAAACACUGGAGGUUGAUGAGGAUGACCGUCCUGAGUUAGCAUGGUGGAAGUGUAAGAAGUGGGCCUUGCGCAUCAUCACCAGACUGUUUGAGCGGUAUGGAAGUCCUGGUAAUGUCACAAAGGAGUACUAUGAGUUUGCGGGCUUUUUUCUGAAGACAUAUGCCGUAGGCAUACAGCAGGUCCUAUUGAAGGUGCUUGACCAGCAUCGUCAGAAGCAUUAUGUCACCCCUCGCGUUCUGCAGCAGUGCCUCAACUACCUUAAUCAAGGCCUGUCACACUCACUGACGUGGAAACGAAUGAAGCCGCACAUGCAGACUAUAUGCCAAGAGGUCAUCUUUCCCCUUAUGUGUUAUAAAGACGAAGAUGAGAGGCUCUGGCAGGAAGAUCCUUAUGAGUACAUCCGCAUGAAAUUCAACCUCUAUGAUGACCACGCCCUCCCAGCCACAGCUGCUCAGAGCCUCUUAUGUAAAGCGGCUCGCAAAAGGAAGGAGGUUCUUCCUCAAAUGAUGGAGUUCUGCCACCAGACACUGAUGGACCCCUCUGCUGACCCCCGCAGGAAAGACGGGGCACUGCACUGCAUUGGAGCUUUGGCAGAACUUUUACUGAAGAAACAGAUGUAUAGGGAGCGAAUGGAAGUGAUGUUGCAAAACUACGUUUUCCCUCUCCUUAACUCUCCUAUGGCUUACCUGCGAGCCAGGUCAUGCUGGGUGCUGCACUGCUUCAGCCCGCUUCGUUUCCAGAAUGACCUCGUACUGAAGAAUGCAGUUGAAUUGGUCAGACAGGAUUUGCUUGAUGACAAAGAGAUGCCUGUCAAAGUGGAGGCUGCCAUAGCUCUUCAGACUCUCAUCAGUAACCAAGAACAAGCCAAAUUAUACAUCAGGCCGUACAUCCGGCCAGUGAUGCAGGAGCUGUUGCAUGUGGUCAAAGAGACGGAAAAUGACGACCUGACCAACGUCAUUCAGAAGAUGAUCUGUGAGUACAACCAGGAGGUGACUGCCAUUGCUGUGGACAUGACGCAGAACUUGGCUCAGAUAUUCACCAGGGUCCUUCAGAGUGAGGAGUACGAGGAGAAUGAGGACAAGACUGUCAUGGCUCUUGGCAUCCUCAGCACCAUUGACACUAUCCUUACUGUCAUGGAGGACCACAAGGAGAUCACUCAGCAGCUGGAGGGGAUAUGUUUGCAGGUGAUUGGCCUGGUGUUGCAGAAGCCCAUCAUAGGUAUGGCAGAAUUUUACGAAGAGAUUCUGUCUCUGGCAUUCGGCCUCACCUGUCAGACCAUCUCGCCCUCGAUGUGGCAACUACUGGGUGUCUUGUAUGAAGUCUUUCAACAUGAUUGCUUUGACUACUUCACAGAUAUGAUGCCUCUUUUACACAACUAUGUCACUGUGGAUACAGACAUGCUCCUGUCCAAUCCAAAGCACCUAGAAGUCAUCUUUAGCAUGUGCAAAAAGGUGCUCACAGUAAAUGCAGGCGAAGAUGCAGAGUGUCAUGCUGCAAAACUUCUGGAGGUCAUCAUCCUGCAGUGCCGAGGCAGAGGCAUCGACCAGUGCAUCCCUCUGUUUGUGGAGGCAGUGCUGGAACGUUUGAUGAGGGGGGUGAAGUCCAGUGAGCUAAGGACCAUGUGCCUGCAGGUGGCCAUCGCUGCCCUCUACUAUAACCCAGCCCUACUCCUCCACACACUGGAUAAUAUGCAUUUCCCACACAACUCACAGGCCAUUACUGGCCACUUCAUCAACCAGUGGAUGAAUGAUACUGAAUUCUUCUUGGGGCUUCAUGAUCGCAAAAUGUGUAUCAUUGGCUUAAGUGUGUUGAUAGAGGUGCCCUGCCGGCCGCCAGUACUUGAAGGUGUUGUUGCCCAGAUCGUCCCUUCUAUCCUUCUCCUCUUUUUGGGUCUCAAACACCUCUAUUCCUCCCGCCUCAUCCACAAACCAGACCUACUGGCUCAGACAGAUCCUCAAGAUGAAGACCAAAAUGAGGAGAUUCCCAGUGAGGAAGAUGAAGUGAAUGAUAAUCGAAACAGCAUGCCAACAGUCCAGGGCUGUGCAGAUGAUGAUGAUGAUGAUGAUGAUGAUGAUGAAGAGAAAGAUGACUAUUGGGAUGAUGACGGCUUCGAGGGAACACCGCUGGAGGAGUACAGCACACCUCUCGAUUACGACAAUGGAGAAGAUGAGUAUCAGUUCUUCACUGCAGCUCUGCUUAGGGUUCAAAACACUGAUAAGGGUUGGUAUCAGUGUUUGAUGGCUCCUCUUAGUGAUGAUCAGAAGAAACAAUUGCAGGAGAUCUACAGCAUCUCACAACAGAGGAAAAGCACAGCUGCUAAGGGCCAGUGAACACCCGAACAGUCAGAGGACUGGGGAGAAGAGACAAGCUGCAGUGACCUGAUUUUAAGUAGAUUUCAUUCUACUCUGAAUCCUACUCCAGAUUUGACUAUGUUAUAGUUAAAGAUUAAUCUAAAACUAAAUCUUGUAUUUUAAUGAAUGGAAGUACAUGAAUUUCAGACCCGGUGCCCUGUACAUAACUACAGCCUUUACUGGAACAUUCCUAUUACCAGACUGUUGACCCGGGCAACCUGGUAUGUGUGUGUUACUGAGUGUGUGGAAUCCAGAGAAAGGUCUGCAUUAUAUCAAUUUAUACCUUCUACAUCUAAACGUCAAGGUCGUUUAGAUGUAUAAUGUACAAAUUUUCAAUGUAAAAAUCUUGGUUUCUAGGUUGUUGUGAAGUUCAGUCAUUUUAUCUAAGUUCCUGUUAUGAUGUGCGUGCCUGCGUGCCUGCGUGCCUGCGUGCGUGCAUUCAAGAAACUAAAAAUAAAAAUACAUUUGUAUGUUUGUACAGACUGCA